AUGCUCCGAGAUAUCCUACAAGGUCUGCAGGACACGCUGAAGGCCUCCACAGUGUCAUAUGGAGUCAUAAACAUCGUGCUCCUACUAAGCCUGGUCUUCAUCCUCGUCGUCCAAAAUGGAAACACAUCUACAACGCGCAAGCUCAAACAAUUGCAAAGGCUCGGUCUAUCGAUCAGCAACAUGACAGAUCAAUAUGAUUCCAAAUACAACGAACCAGAAGGAACCACGAGCAAGGGACCAGUACGCAUCAAAGCGAUCUGCAUUCAUCCCAUUAAGUCCUGCGGGCGAAUCGAGUUAAAUCGGGCCUUACUCACCAAGACCGGAUUCAAGUACGACAGAUGCUUCGCUUUCGCUACGGAACUGGGCAAGAAUAAUCCCGCCAUGGAGUCCAAAUGGCGAUUUAUCAGUCAGCGCACAAAGCCGACCAUGUCCCAGAUCAAGACGGAACUAUGGCUUCCGCACAAGGAAAGCAAUCAGCGUGACCCGCUUGUCCAAGCAGGUGGAUGUGUCGUGGUAUCAUUCCCUGACCCCGAUGGUCCUGGCUGUUUCAAUUAUCUCGAGAAAUUCUUCCAUAUAGGAAACCCCGUCGCAAAGCCAGAAGUGCGGUUUAUCGUACCUCUCCAACCCACGCCCGCCAUGAUAAACGAAUAUAAAAUCCAAUUCAAAACAUUCGGCAUCCACGGCCGUGACGCGAAGGGUCUGGACAUGGGAACCAUCCCCUCCGUCGCAGAAGCAUUACCAAAACUAAAGAAAUACUUGCGAAUUGCAAACGACCAGAGCCUCACCCUACUAAGAUGCACACCCGAUACGCUCGUGCGCACAGAUGAAAACCUAGCACCGCUCGAACACAUCGGCACACCCUCUGUACACGGCUAUACAGACCAACAACCCAUCAAUAUCAACAGCCUUUCUUCCGUCCACGCUGUAUCAACACUCCUACCAAAAGAAAACCAACCCCUCAAUGCAUUUCGUUUCCGCGCCAAUCUCUGGAUCACGGGUGCCCCCGCCUUCGACGAGGAGAGCUGGAAGCGUUACCGGAUUUUACCCAAGGGUCCUGAUGCAGGACCACGGGCUGAUGUAGCUCCGACGGUGUCUGUUGUUUGUCGGACGUCGAGGUGUACGAUGCCUAAUGUUGAUCCGGAGACUGGGAAGCCUAGUACGGAUAAUCCCCCGCCGGAGAAGAAAAGGGGUAAGCCGCAGCCGAGCGCGACGUUGGUUAAGUUUCGUAGGGUCGAGGAUGGGAAUAAGUCGGCUCUUGGGUAUAUAGGUAUGCAUUGUGUGCCUGAGGAUCGGGCGCUGCGGAUGGCGGAGGAGCAGGAGAAGGGGUUAUACGUCGCUGUUGGGGAUGAGAUUGAGGUUCUUGAGCGUGGGGAGCAUCUUUAUGGCUCGACGGGUAAUGAUUACUAG